AUGCGGCGGGCGGGCAGGCGCGGCAGGCAGGCCCAGGAGGAACGCCCCAUGGAGAACGGCGUGGGGCAGGAGCCGGGGGUCCCCGAGCCGCCCCCCGCCGAGGGCACCUCGGCCCCACGGCCGCCCCGCGCCCGCCCUCGCCUGGUGUUCCGCACCCAGCUGGCCCACGGCAGCCCCACGGGGCGCAUCGAGGGCUUCACCAACGUCAAGGAGCUCUACGGGAAGAUCGCCGAGGUGUUCGGCAUCUCCCCCACCGAGAUCCUCUUUUGCACGCUCAACACGCACAAAGUGGACAUGCAGAAGCUGCUGGGGGGGCAGAUCGGGCUGGAGGAUUUCAUCUUUGCCCACGUCCGUGGUGAAACGAAGGAGGUGGAGGUGACCAAGACCGAGGACGCGCUGGGGCUCACCAUCACCGACAACGGUGCUGGCUACGCCUUCAUCAAGCGAAUCAAGGAGGGGAGCAUCAUCAACCGCAUCCAGGCUGUGUGUGUGGGCGACAGCAUCGAGGCCAUCAACGACCACACCAUCGUGGGCUGCCGGCACUAUGAGGUGGCCCGCAUGCUGCGCGAGCUGCCCCGCGCUCAGCCCUUCACCCUACGCCUGGUGCAGCCCAAAAAGGCUUUCGACAUGAUCGGGCAGAGGACGCGGAGCAGCAGCAAGUGCCCACCUGAAGGCCGAGUGUCCAGCGGAAAGGAGACACUGCGACUGCGUGCCCAGGGCCCGGCCACGCUGCAGGAUGGGCCCAGCGCCGUGGAGGAAGAGGCUGCGCGCCGCGUGGACGACCUGCUGGAGAGCUACAUGGGCAUCCGUGACUGCGAGCUGGCUGCGACCAUGGUGGAGAUGGCCAAAUGCAGCCCCUCUGCCGCCGCGCUCGCCUGCGCCGUCGACUCAGUGCUGGGAGAGUUUGCCUUCCCCCAGGAGUUUGUGGCUGAGGUGUGGGCGGCCGUCUGCAGCCCCCGGGGUGGGCAGGAGUAGCUGGGGGGCGGCCAGGUCCCCCCCCACUCCGUGUUUCCCACCUGGGGGUGGCUGCCUGAGGUCCCACCUGUCGCCCUUUGCGCACACAGACUGGAGGCGUGGGGCCGCUGUGUGUCCCCACAUCCCAUGGGGCGCGCAGUGCUGCACAAGCUGUGCUUUAUUAGGAGCUCACAGAGCAGGAUGGAGAGAGGAGAGGAGGGGACGCCUCCAUGGCUGCCCUGCUGGGUACCCCGUCCCUCCCACUGCGCUCAGCUCCUGCAGCUGCAAGGUGAAAAAUAACAACAAUAAUAAUAAUAAUAA